AUGAGAAGAGAGGAUCAUAAGUAGACAGCCUCUUAGCGCCGCUGUCAGACAGUGAGGACACAUCAUCUUCUGACGCUGAUGACGAUGGAGAAGAAGACUCAAACAGCGAUCCGAGAUGUCCUGCCUUCAGCUGCUCCGUGUGUGGCGAAGGGUUCUCUCAAAAAGGCAACUUGAGAACACACCGCAGGUCACACGCCGGGGUGAAACCCUUCAGCUGCUCAGUUUGCGGUGAAAAAGGCACUCAAAAGGGCAACUUGAUGAGACACAGCAGACAACACGCAGACGACAAACCUUUUUCUUGCUCCGUUUGCGGCAAGACCUUCUCCCAGAAGGGCAAUUUGGUGACGCACGCCAGGAAGCACAACGGCGACAAACCGUUCGGCUGCAGGGUGUGCGGCAAACGUUUUUCCGUCAAGGGAAACUUGAACGUGCACGGCAGAAUGCACACGGGGGGAAAACCAUUCAGCUGCUCAGUUUGCAGCGAGAGAUUCUCUCAAAAGGGCAACCUGAAGGCACAUGCCAGAAAACACAGCGGCGAGAAACCAUUCAGCUGCUCAUUUUGCGGCAAUAGAUUCCCCGUCAAGGGAAAUCUCAUGACGCACGUCAGAACGCACACCGGGGACAAACCAUUCUCUUGUUCCACGUGCGACAAAAGUUUGACUUCCAAGGACAGUUUGAAAGCGCACGUCAUCAUGCACACGGGCCAGAAAGCUUUCUCGUGUUUGCUUUGCGGUAAAGACAUCCCGCUGAGGGCAAAGUUGUCGAAACAUACCAGGGUGCACACGGGAGAGCAACCGUUCUGCUGCGGCGUCUGCGGGAAAAGAUUUUCCGUCAAGAGGAGUUUGGUAGCGCACGCGUCGACGCACACCGGAGAGAGACCGUUCGGUUCUCGUACAAGUACGACGUCACCAGGCACAAGUGUGCUGGCCACGAGACUGCAUGACAAACGUCACUACAGCACAGAUGUCCAGAUGAGCCCGGAGCAGCGCCGCCCUCGGCGCCGCGAGCGAGAAGAGGAGGGCCCGGCGCCCCGCCACAUCAAAGAGGAAGAGGAAGAAGUGGGCGUCAGCCAGGAGGGGGAGAAGCACGAAGGUCCGGACGCAGAGGAGGCCGACAUCUGCGACCUCCCCGUCAUUCGCGUCAUCGUCAAAAGCGAGGAGGAAAACAGUGAAAGCGAGGACGACGUCCAAAUGGAGCGAGCGCGAGUCGAAAGUCGAAAUCGCGUCUCCGACGGCUUGAAAUGUUCCCAAUGUGACAAGACCUUUGUCUACAAGUCCGAUCUGAAGACGCACGUGCGAAGUCACACGGGGGAAAAACUAUUCAGCUGCUCGCUUUGCGCUAAAAGCUUCACGCAAAAGGGCACGCUGACCAUCCACAUGAGGAAGCACACCGGAGAGAAGCCUUUUUCCUGUCCGGUCUGCAACGUGACCUUUCGGGAUCGCUCCACCAUGAUCAAACACACGCAAACGCACACGGGCGAAAAGUCCUUCACUUGCUCGGUCUGCGGUCAAAGCUUCGCCAGAAAGAGCAAUUUGAAGGAGCACGCGAAGACGCACAGCGGCGAGAAACCCUUCGCGUGUUCAAUCUGCGGCAAAGGCUUCGCUAAAAACAUUAAUUUGAAAGCUCACAUGCGAAUUCACACCGGAGAAAAACCUUUUGCGUGCUCGGUGUGCGACAUGACUUUUCGCUUUCAGUCGUCGUUGAUUCCGCACAUGAGAACUCACACUGGCGAGAACUUCACGUGCUCCUUCUGUAGUAAAAUCUUCUCCAGAAUGAUGAACUUGAUCGAACACACCAGAAUACACACUGGAGAGAAACCCUUUUCGUGUUCCGUGUGCGGCGCGACGUUUCGACUGCAGUCCACCAUCGCCAACCACAUGAAAACGCACAGCGCGGAGAAACCCUUCACUUGCUCUGUGUGUCACUCGAGUUUUACGCUUCAAGCGACGAUGUUGAGGCACAUGCGAACGCACACGGGUGAGAAACCCUUCGUUUGUCACGUGUGCGGGGACAAAUUCUCUUAUAAGUAUCAGCUCAACAAACACAAAUGUGCCGGGGAGAGCAGCAGCGGCUUGAUUUACACCCGGCAGCCGCUUCUGCCCGGCCCCCCCCGCCUGAAAGAGGAAGAAGUGACGCCCGCUGGGAUCAAAGAGGAGCAGGCGGAGACGCCCCUCGUUAAGGAGGAGGAGGAGGAGCGCGGCAUCGGUCAGCAGGCGGACGUCGGCAAACCUCCGGCGGCUGGACUCCUUGUGAAAAGUGAAGCUGACGGUCUGUGUGAGGAGGGGGAGAGAGGAUCGGAAGCGGAGCGCCUCUUAGCGCCGCUCUCCGACGGCGAGGGGACGUCGACGUCGCGCUCUCCUGACGCUGAAGAGGAGGACGACGACGACGAUGACGAGGAUGAAGGAGACUCGAAAGACGUCCGGCAGCUGCAGCCGGAGCCCCCCGACGUCAAAGAGCAAGCGAUUGGAGUGAUUGUGAAGAGUGAAGACGAUGACGCAGAUCCGGUCUUGGACCAACAUGCAGAUGAUGAUGAUGAUGAUGAUGACGAUGACGAUGAUGACGACGAUGAUGAUGACGACGACGACGACGGCAAAGGCGAUCACGCGAGAAGCCAAACCGACACGUUGCAAUGUCAUCGGUGCGACAAAAAGUUUGGCGGCAAGCGACACUUGACGCGACACAUGCGAUGCCACACGGGGGAGAAACCAUUCGUUUGCUCCUUUUGCGGCAAAGGUUUCCCUCGCAACGAACAUCUGGUCUCGCACGUGAGAAUCCACACGGGCGAGAAACCCUUUGCGUGUUCCGUGUGCGCUCAGACCUUCUCUCACAAGUCCAACCUGACCACGCACAUGAGGAGACACACCGGGGAGAAACCGUACACGUGCCGCCUGUGCAGCGAAAGCUUCUCGCGGAAGGUCAGCUUGAUGAUCCACACCAAGACGCACACUGGGGAGAAACCCUUCGGCUGCGCCGUUUGCGCCAAAAACUUCUCGCUCAAGGAACAUUUGAUUACACACACCAGGACGCACACUGGAGAAAAACCUUUCUCUUGCUCCUUUUGCCAAGUGCGUUUCAGCGACCGCUCGGCCCUGACCAGACACACGCGAACGCACACCGGGGAGAAACCCUUCUCCUGCUCCGUGUGCGGCAAAAGCUUUUCGCUGAAAGCAUACUUGACGGAACACGUGGCGUCGCACGCGGGAGAGAAAGCCUUUUCGUGCGCCAAAUGCAAAUCAAAGUUUAGUUUCCGUUCGGCGUUGGUGAGACACAUGAAGACGCACAGCGGGGAGAAAACGUUCAGUUGUGGGCCAAAGAGCAAACACUCGUGUGCUGCUGAACAGAGCAGCAACCAGUGAGGCCGUCGCCACAGCACAACACGUUAGUGAUUCUUGUGGGCAAACACAAAAUUUAGAGUUUAAAAAGAGACAGCUGAUUUGCAGAUAACAUACAACAACAAAUGUUUACGCCAAAUAUGUACAAUGUGUCAUUUUAACAAUAAAGAACUCAUUCUAAAUUGUAAUAUUUCCAUGUAAAAUGUACCUUACAAUUUUUGUACAUGUAAAGUGCGCAUGCAAUUUACAAACCCCAAUUCUCAAAGCAUAAAAACAGAAUGCAAUAAUUUGUAAAUCCUUUUCGACCUAUAUUCAAUUGAAUAUAUGAAAAAGACAAGCUAUUUAAUGUUCAAACUGAUAAACAUGAUUUUUUUUUUUUGCAAAUAUUUCCUCAUUUCGAAUGUGAUGCCUGCAACAGGUUGUGAAAGCUGGGACAGGGGCAUGUUUCACGCUGUGUGACGCCACCUUUCCUUUGAACAUAUUUGCCCAAAACAAUUUGAAAGGUGGACUCGUCAGACCACAGCACACUUGUCCACAUUGCGUCAGUCCGUGUCGCAUGAGCUCGCUUUCACUGAUCGCACCCAAGCCCGAUUCCCUCCGGGCCUGCUCAAGCAAGAAAUCACUUCAACACAAAUCAAGUUGGACGGAUGAGACUAAAACAAACAUCUGAAUGAUUUUGAGAGAAUAUUAUAUGGACUGACUAGAUGAAAGUUGAACCUUUUGGAAGGCGUGUGUCUUGUUACAUCUGGCGUAAAUAUAAAACAGCAUUUUCAGAAAAAGAACAUCAGACGAACAGUCAAACAUGGUGGCGGUAGUGUGAUGGUCUUGGGCCGCUUUUCUCCUUCAGGCCCUGGACAACUUGCUGUGAUUGAUGGAACCAUGAAUUCUGCUCUUUACCAGAAAAUCCUGACGGAGAAUGUUCGGCCAUCAGUUUGUGACCCCAAGCUGAAGCGCUCUUGGGUUCUGCACCAGGAUAACGAUCCAAAACACACCAGUAAGUCAACUUCUGAAUGGCUUAAAAAACAAAACGAAGGUUUUGGAGCGGCCUCGUCAAAAUGCGGACGUCAAUCCGAUUGAAAUGCAGCGGCAUGACCUUCAAGAGGCCGUUCAUGCUGGAAAACCCUCCAUUUUUGCUGAAUUCACACAAUUGUGCAAGGAAGAGUGGGCCAAAACAUCUCCACAGAAAUGUGAAAGACUCGUUGGCAGUUCUAGCAAACGCUUGAUUUCAGUUGUUGCUGCUGAGGACUGCCCAACCAGUUCUUGGGUUUUGGGGGCCAUUACUUUUUCACACAGGGUCCGGUCACUUUGAAUAGUUUUUAUUCCUUAAUAAAAGAAAUCACCUUUUUAAAAAAAGAUCACUUGGGUUAUAUUUGUCUGAUAUUUAAAUUUAGUUGACGAUCGUAAACAAAGGGGGAACUGUGCAAAAAAAAAUACAAAUAAGAAUUUGAGAAUGGGGGCAAUAAUUUGUGUAUGUGUAAAAUACUUUAUUUUGAUCAUGAAAUCAUUUGUUUUCAGUUUUUUGUUUUACUUGCUGUGACAACCCCCGAUUGGACAUUUAUAAUUACAACUAAUUAACCGAUUAUUCAUUCAAAUGUAUAAAAUACAUGUAAAAUGUAUGUGUAAAACUCUUUCUUAGCAAAAUAAAAUGUCUUUUUUAA